AUGGCGCAUAUAGUCAACGCAAAUCCAGCAGACGACGACGAACUUGAUAAUGAUCCAGGAGCAUAUAUUGUUAGGUUUGGCAAACACGCUGGCAAACAGCUCGAUUCCAUCCCCACUGACUACAGGCUGUGGGCAACAGCAGCCGAAUGUCAACAUUUCCACUGGAGGCCAAUGAUUGAUAUGAAGAACAACUUCUUCUCCAAACCUCUGAAGCCUACAUUUUGUCGUUCGGAAAGCAUAAAAACAAAAGACUCGACGAAGUACCAGAAGAUUACAUUUGUACCAAAGCCUGGUGAAGGCACACCGUCGUUACCUGGACAAGGCAGUACCGGGGUUACACGCUCAGUUUUGCCUACGAGCAGGCGUGGUUUCAUUAAUUUUUGUCUGAGAACGGAGCAUAGCAAUUUUAAGUGGUAUCACAAGUUCGAAGACCUAGUCCGGAGGUACAAGGCGCAUCUCGCGACCCACCGACGGCCACACCGCAGAAGAAAACCGGCGAAUGUGCAAAAUCCCGCAGGGGAACUUCUGGGAUCAUGGGACGACCGUGGUUCUGUGGAGCCAGGUGGUAGCUAUAUGCGGGACGGCUUUGUCGUCAAUGACGGUGAGGGGGAAGACGAAUACGAAGAUUCCCAAGAGGAAGGUAGCGGUUCCGAAUCGGACAAUAGCAAUGACGACUGCGGAUUCGACGAUGAUUUUCAGGGUGAAGAGGUGUAUGAUGAUUCUGAAGUCAAUACAGCCGACAACCUAGACGGAUCAAGUCCACAGAUAGAACGGUCCUCUCGCACGUGUGUGGGUGUCUCUCAAACCUCGGACUCGGACUCGGAUUCAGAUGAUGAUACGUUUCUGGACGAAUUGCCCAAGAAGAUCAGGGCGAAACGUGUUUCGGGGAAAAGAAAGGCAGAGCCCUCACGAAAACGCCGCAAAUGUGCUGAUCAUUCUAUGAGCUGUUUACGCAUUUUCUCAAGUGCCAUGAUGACAGGUCCCCGCCUAGUCCAUGAUAGGCCUACCCAGAAUGAUUUCCACUCUGGUGCAGAGCCCGUUGCUUCAACUUCGCAUCUUGAUGAACAAGAAUCUCCCUAUCAACUCUCUCGCUCUGAGUCGUCUCAGGAAUCCUCUGCAAGUUCAAGCACAGCCAAUGGAUCGCAAAUUGAAGAUGAGUCUUCACAAGCGACAACGAGAAGUUAUCGGAUGAUGGUUUUAACCUUCCUCCCUCACUCUUGGGAAGCUAUUAUCUAUGAGGCCGCCUUUCAUUUCCGAGCUCAGAAGUUACGUGAAAGCAGUGCGAAAAUCUUGACCACUGCCACUUUCAUCGUAAUCUGA